GAAAUAUUUAAUAGAUGAAGCCGGCCAUCAUCAUAUAGACGGUGUCGCAAUUUCCAUCGAAAAAAUAUGAAAUUGAUCAUUUUCAUUUGCCUUGCCGCGUCGUCAGAGUGUUUCCCUGAAAUCUAUGAGACUGAAGGCCUGACUGCUGAAGCUGUGAAUGCGACAGAGUAUGAAGUUGGUGUUGAAAUCAGGGACGAACACGGGGAGCUUGUUUCACAGUCUGAUAUAUUUAUAAACGAGAAUUUUCAAGUGGAAAAGCCGGUGAACAGAAGCGUCUGUUUGAUCAAGGAGAUCAACGACACCAGCACAUGUUUCAAUGAGAAACCUUUAACCUUUGAACUUCCCUCAUCUAUUUGGGUUCAUUGUGAGGGUCGUGAAAUACGUAUACUGGAGGCAACAGAGUGUGAGGACGAUUUAGAAACAGAGCAGAGAGAAGAUGGUGCCGAUGAGAACGAACCUGGACUUCGGAAGAAGCGGUCACAUAACAGCUAUGGUGUAUGCUGUCGAUGGCAGCCGUUUUACUAUACUCGGUAUUUCCUUUACUGUUGCCAGAGCAAUUGGUUCGGCUAUUGUUCGAGGAGGUGUAGAUGUUACGUAUCCUCCAUCAUUUGGACCAGAAGCUGCGUGUACGGAUACAGAUACGGAUUCUAUUGAUUGCACACUUUCAGGAUUGAUUUCAAGGUUGAUUGUGUACUUGCAUUCGAUAGUAUGGAUUAACAUGAGUUUUGUUUUAUUUUUAAUUGUAUACAUGGGCCAUACUUGACACUACAAAUAAAUUCAAUUAAAUACUGUUUAGUACUUCACCACAAGCAAACUUUCUACAAAUUUGUUGAUUUAAUUGUUAUUUGUUCUGUUUCUAUAUUUGCUUGUUUAUAUUGUUUGCCCAUUUUAAAUGUUCUGCUAAUUUGUCGAUACAGUUAUGAUUGCAAUGGUUUCAUUUCUAAAAUGAUCUAUAACUAAAAGAGGAGUAUAAAAUAACAAAAAGUA